AUGGAUCCAUCGAUUAGCGCUCAACGUUCUCUGAGGGAGAACUUUUGUUCGGACGAGGUGAAAGAAGAGUGGCUCAAUGCUGUGAUGACGUGUUGGGGUUAUUUCGAGAAAGAUCAACUCCGUGAAUGCCGUCGGCAACCACGCGGCGAGCCAUGUCUAUUCCAUAACGUAUUGGAUCUUGCUCAAAAUGUGCAACAAUGCGACUGUGCGAACAUGCUGCAGCCGCAAUGCGGUUGCCAGGUGCCACCGAACCCAAGCUGUAACUGCGGUCAACUGCAGCAACAGUACUCGAGUUGUGGAUGUGGUCCACUAACCUACCAGGUUUCCUGCAACCAAUGCCAACAACCACCGCAGAUGUGCGCUCCGUCAUGUAUGCCGUCCUGUCAGCCCAGCUGCAUGCAGCAGCAACAGCCACAAUUCAUCGUCGUCCAGCAGCAGCCCCAGCAACAAUGUGCUCCAGCCUGCUGCAUGCCGUCCUGCCAACCGCAGUGCAUCCAGCAGGCCUGCGCACACCUGCUUGUCAGCCAAUGUGUGCGCCCCAGUGCACUCAACAGCAGCACAACCCCAGCAGAUCAUCGUCGUUCAGCAACAACCUCAACAGCAGUGCGCUCCCGCUUGUAUGCCGUCCUGCCAACCUCAAUGCCUUCAGCAGGCUUGUGCACCAGCUUGUCAGCCAAUGUGUGCGCCCCAAUGUGUGGAGCAGCAACAGCAGCAGAUCAUCGUCGUCCAACAACAGCCCCAACAGCAGUGUGCCCCGCCAUGCAUGCCUGCCUGUCAGCCGCAAUGUGUCCGGGCAUCGUGCGGUGGUACUGUCAACCAGCAACCCUCAAACAAAUCAUCGUGGUCCAGCAGCAGCCCCAGCAACAAUGCGCUCCUGCCUGCAUGCCGGCCUGUCAGCCGCAGUGCGUCGAACAACAGCAGCAACAGAUCAUCGUGGUUCAGCAGCCUCAGCAGCAACAAUGCGCUCCGUCUUGUAUGCCGUCGUGCCAGCCCCAAUGUGUCCAGCAGGCCUGUGCUCCUGCCUGCCAGCCGAUGUGUGCCCCUCAGUCAACCGCAACAACAGCAGUGCGCCCAGUCUGCCAGCCAUCCUGCCAACCACAGUGCGUACAGCAGCAGCAGAUCUGCGCUGCUGCUUGCGAACCCAGCUGCCAGAGCUCAUGCAGCUCAAACAGCCAAUGCGUACAGGCUUGUCUCCCGAGCUGUGAAUCAUCUUGCGUUCAACAGUCGACUCCUGUGGUGGUUGUACAGCAGUCUCAAAACAACUGCCCUGCACCAUGCCAACCAUCCUGCACACCUCAGUGCGUCCAGCAGCAGCAGAUCUGCGUCUCCGCGUGUCAGCCAUCCUGCCAAAGCUCCUGCGGUGGUAACCAGCAGUGCGUGCAGUCGUGCAUGCCAAGCUGCCAGUCAUCCUGCACCCAGCAAGCUCAACCAGUGAUCGUCGUCCAACAGCAACCUCAACAGCAGCAGUGUAUGCCAGCCUGCCAGCCAACCUGCCAACCACAGUGUGUUCAGCAGCAACAGAUCUGCGUGCAGGCAUGUCUGCCAAGUUGUCAGAACUCUUGCGGUGGAAACUCCCAAUGUUCACAAACCUGUCAAAGCAGUUGCGAGCAGUCUUGCGGCACCCAGCAGGUCGUGGUCGUUCAAGCUCAGCCAGUCUGCGGUCAGGCCUGUCAGGCCGCUCCCGUGAUGCAGUGCGCUCCUCAAUGUCAGCCGUCAUGCCAGCCUGCUUGCAUGGCACAAGCUCAGACUUACAUGCAACCGCCGGCCGUCGUCAUGUGCUCUCAGCCAGCCGGGCAGUGUGCCUGCGGCUCCGGAUACUCACAAUGCAUGCAAGGAGUCUGUUGUCUACGAAAACGACACCGCCAAGCAAAAACCGUCAAAGCUGCCUAA